GAUCUGGAGGCUGGUUUUGUUGUUGCUCUGACGUCAGCGCGGGCUACAAUGGAGCUGACAACGUGAUGGGUAUAAAAGCCGGUUUGAAGGCUCGCACUCCGGUGCUCCCAGCUGCUGCUCUGCACCGUGUUAACGUCAGACUGCCGCACGAGGGAGGGCUCCGGCGAUCAAGAUGCACUCUGUGAGCUUCACACCUAUUGUUUUACUACAGCUGACAUUCCUCGCGGUGCUGCAUGGUGCAAAAUGGACGUACAAUGGGCCAGAAGGAGAGCACCACUGGUCCAAACAUUAUCCAUAUUGUGGGGGAGCGUUCCAGUCUCCCAUAGACAUCAAGUCAGAGCUGCUAAGGUUCGACCCAACUUUACGUCCAAUCGAGAUCCAAAACUACAACCUGUUGCCAAAUGAGCAGCUGACACUUGGAAAUAAUGGGCAUUCUGUACAAAUAUCGCUGCCCUCCAAGAUGCACAUCUCCAGCCUGCCUCAUCGCUACACUGCAGCUCAACUCCAUUUCCACUGGGGCUCGUCCAGCAGACCUGCAGGCUCUGAGCACACGGUGAACAGUAAGCAGUAUGCAGCAGAGAUGCAUGUAGUUCACUUCAAUUCAGACAAGUAUCCCAAUAUGUCCAUGGCUGUAGACAAAUCUGACGGCCUGGCUGUGCUGGGUGUCCUGAUCGAGGUUGGAGAGUUCAGUCCGACCUUUGAACAGUUUCUGAGGUUCAUAAACGGUAUUAAAUACAGGGAUCAGCGAGUGCAGGUGCCGGGUUUCAACAUCAGAGCAAUGCUGCCGGCACGUUUGGAUGAGUAUUUCCGCUACGACGGGUCCCUGACUACUCCUCCGUGCUAUCCCAGUGUCCUGUGGACAGUUUUCAGGAAUCAUGUCACAAUUUCUCGAAAACAGUUUUUAGACAUGGCAACAGCCCUCUACUCCUCCCAUGCCCAGGAAUCAUCCCCCGUGCCUCUGAAUGGAAACUUCAGGAGACCACAGCUUGCCGACAGCCGGGUGGUGCUGGUAUCUUUUAAAGAGGGCAGAGGACUGCAAGGUACUUUUACAGUCACAUCUCCCCUCACGAGGAAGCGAAUCGUUCAGCAGCUGCUUGUUGGUGACCUAGCAGACCUCGCUGAUGAAGGGCUCCAUCAACUCCUACCAAGUGGCUCAGAGAAGCUCCAUGGCAAGAAGAAAGACUUCAAGAACCAGCACUCUCCAGCCAAAUCCAAACAACACACGCUCAAUCCAUCUUUGCGGAAGAAGAGCCAGAACCACCACCCUGUGGGAAAGCUUGGGCUGGCUGACGAUGCAUUGUGCUACAUCUCACUGGAGCAGAACGUUUUUAAUCAGCUCAAGCUGUCUCACGCUGAGAAUCAGCUGGUUCAGGCUCUCAGAGAUAAAGCUUUUCCAGAGCUCAAUCUAAAGAGCUACCUGGACUGUAAGUCAGACUUAGCCCUCCCCACUAUCAGAAACAUUCUUCGUGGACGGCCAACAGAUGAGGCUUUCGAGUUAAAUCGCUCCUUAACAAAAGCCUUGAUGAAUAAGCAAAAGACUUCCACAGCAAUUAAACCAAGUGUGCCAGGGAAAAACUAUGGUAUCUUCCCGCUUGCUACUGUUCCCAGGAAACCACACAGCCAGGGUUAUCCUCAUCCUUGGCUUUUGCCAAUGGAGUGGGAAGACUAGAGAGAUUCCUGGCAUAGUUGCAUCUCACAUUAUGUCACUUUGUGUAGCAGACAUGAUUUGUGUGUAACAAAAUGCGAGGCCCUGCAAUUUUUUAACCCAUCUUUCUUACAAAUGUAUUUAACAUUAAAUUAUUUUUUCUACACUUCAUUAUAAUAACAUUUCUAACAGAAAAAGUUGUAACUUACUGUAGUUAUGUUUUUUUUUGCAAAACAUACGCCAAUGCAUAACCAGUCAUCACCAGUGAUUGUGCUCAGUGCUUCAAGCUUAUAUUGUAAUAAUAAAUCAAACUCAAAGUGGAUUUCUGUCACGAAAAUCUACAAAAAUGAGAAACUUUUACUUUCUCACAGUGGGCUUUAGGUCUGUUUGUAUAUGUUGCCUUGCCAUGACUUGUUUUAAAAUAAACUGCUGCAAAGCAUACAUUCCACGCUUAGAGAUUUAUAUACAUCAAGCUACAUAUAGUACAGAAAAUGUCUGCAGAAGAAUAUAUAUAUAAUAUGCAGUACAGCAAGUUCAGUUUUAUAGUGUGGUGAUUAUGGAGCUUUACUAGUAAUUACUGUCUUGCACAGUAUAGAGAUGCAGUUAAACCAAAAGAAUUUGCAAGAGCUUCAGCGCAUUACAUGACAUGCCUUACAAUUUGUUCUUCUCUUCAAAUGUCAUUUACAACAUUAAAGGAACUGAUACUGUUUACGGGAACCUAUUUUCAAUAAAAGCAAUU